UCUCUAAAUGUGGCAAAGUACGCUUACACACAGAUUUCGAGGCAAUGACCAUGCAGUGUUACCGUUUCCAGGCAUUUUGUCAUUCUGGGCAAAUACUCUCUCUCACCCUUCUAUCCUCUGCGUUCUAUAUUUGGCCACUCUCUUUCUAUUUUCCUUCUUUGUCACCUCAGAAGUUUAGACAAUUCAGAAACAUGGCUAUAUACAGAUAUGACUAGAAACAGAGAAAGAGAGAGAGAGGGGGGAGAGAAAGUUUGCUGUUUGUAGUUUUGGUUUUCCUUCUCUCUUGCUCUGAUUUUUGGUUUGGUAGUUUGGUGGUUGGAUGAGAGGACAGAAUCGAGUUGUAGGGAGAAAUGGGUAGAGGGAAGAUUGAAAUAAAGAGGAUUGAGAAUGCCACUAGCAGGCAAGUCACCUUCUCUAAGCGUCGUGCUGGGUUGCUUAAGAAGGCCCAGGAGUUAUCAAUUUUAUGCGAUGCCGAGGUUGCUCUCAUUAUCUUUUCCAGCAGUGGCAAGCUCUUCGAGUUUGCUAGUUCUAGCAUGAAGCGAACACUUUCUAGAUACAACAAAUGCCUGGAUUGUUCUGAGACAGCAAUAGUUGAGUAUGAAGUUGAGAAACAACAAUCUAAGGAGGUUAACAUUCUGAAAGAUGAAAUUGCAAGGCUAAGGAUGGCAAAUCGGCGGAUGAUGGGUAAAGAACUGACUGGGUUGAGCUUAAAAGAAUUGCAACAUCUAGAAUAUCAAUUAAGUGAGGGGAUUUUAUCUGUGAAGGAUAGGAAGGAGCAAUUACUGUUGGAACAGCUUGAACAAUCAAGAUUACAGGAACAACGUGCGUUGCUGGAGAAUGAGACUCUGCGUAAGCAGGUUGAGGAACUUCGAGGUUUGCUUCCAUCAACAGAACGUCCUAUCCCACCAUAUCUUGAAUUGCAACCCAUGGAGAAUAAACAUUCUCACAUAAAACAGGAUAUUAUAAGUUCAAACAUUGGUUGUAAUUGCCUAUUUGAGAAGCAAGGAGAUUCAGACACAUCCUUGCACUUAGGAUUGCCAUCAGAUAGCUGUCGCAAGAGAAAAGCACCUGAGGCAUCUGUUUCCAAUGGCUCGAGGACUGAAAUUGCUCCCUCCUGAUACAUCCGUUGAGGUGCCCCUGCUUGAAAUGAGAUGAAAAAUCCUCCGUCUUCAGAGCAUCUUUUUAGCCAGACCAAAAAUAUGCUUGUUAUAUUACAUCUAAAUCAUUGUUGCAAUGGAGCUGGUGAUGUAUCUCUUUUGCAGAGGGAAACUGGUUUUUUGUAGGAUUAUUAUGAAAUAUUUAUUGAUUCAGGUCAUUUGAUCCUUUUUGACUUUAUGGGCUGGGGCCAUUUGCAGAAUGCAGGUUCUUUUUGCUUGUGCUGUGAUUUGUAUAUUUAAGGUGCUCUAGGGUUCUUUCUUUUCACCUUUCUUCUUGAGUUUUUCCCUGAACUUGGUGUAUA